AUGGCUGUAUCAAGACUUGACCGCUUGUUUAUCCUGCUCGACACGGGAACAACACCAGUGACCAGAAAAGCAGCCGCCCAGCAGCUUGGAGAAGUAGUCAAGCUUCACCCACAUGAACUCAAUAACCUCUUAUCAAAGGUUUUGACCUAUUUACGGAGUCCCAACUGGGACACUCGAAUCGCCUCAGGCCAAGCCGUAGAGGCCAUCGUGAAAAAUAUUCCUGAGUGGAACCCGGUCCCAAAGCCUAAAGAAGAAUCUUGUGAAGAUCUGUCCCCAGAGGACUCGUCCUGUGAUCGGUUGAAUUUCUACCACUUUGACAUCUCUCGUCUGCUCCGACAUGGAGCGUCUCUAUUGGGCUCGGCAGGAGCCGAGUUUGAGCUGCAGGAUGACAAAACUGGAGAGAUGGACCCCAAGGAACGUCUCGCCCGCCAGAGGAAGCUUCUCCAGAAGAAGCUGGGCCUGGACAUGGGCGCUGCUAUUGGAAUGGACACCGAGGAGCUGUUCAACGACGACGACCUGGAUUAUUCCUGCCAGUCCAGCGGGCUCAGAGCCCAGGGAGCCAAAGUCACAGCCGGCUCCAGCUCCCGCAACCACGUGACCAUUCAAGCUGCUGAAUUGAUCGACACAGAAUUCCGGCCAGGAAUGAGCAGCCGUCAAAAGAAUAAAGCAAAGAGGAUGGCUAAAUUGGUGGCAAAGCAAAGAUCCAGGGAUGUGGAUUCUAAUGAGAAGAGCAAUGACAGUUUCGAAGGGGAACCCGAGGAGAAAAGAAGGAAAACCACCAACAUCGUCAUCGACCAGCCAGCCACCGAGCACAAAGUCUUAAUCGACAACGUUCCAGAUAAUUCCGGCCUUUUAGAGGAGAUGCACGAGUGGCCUCUGGAAAGCUUCUGUGAAGAGCUCUGCAAUGACCUCUUCAACCCAUCAUGGGAGAUCCGCCACGGCGCAGGCACGGGGCUGAGAGAGAUCCUGAAGUCGCACGGUGCCAGUGGCGGGAAGCUGCCUGGAAGCACGGCCGAGCAGAUGAGGCGGCAGCAUCAGGAGUGGAUCGAGGACCUGGUCAUCCGCCUCCUCUGCGUCUUCGCACUGGACCGCUUUGGGGAUUUCGUGUCCGACGAGGUGGUGGCCCCCGUCAGGGAGACGUGCGCCCAGACCCUCGGCGUGGCGCUGCGCCACAUGAGCGACGCCGGCGUUUCCAUGACGGUGGACGUCCUGCUGAAGCUGUUAAAAGAAGACCAGUGGGAGGUCCGCCAUGGGGGGCUGCUGGGAAUCAAGUACGCCCUGGCCGUCCGUCAGGACCUGAUAGCCGUCCUGCUGCCCCGGGUGCUGCCAGCCAUUUCCGAGGGCUUGCAGGACCUAGAUGACGACGUGAGGGCCGUGGCAGCAUCGGCGCUCAUCCCCGUGGUGGACGGCUUGGUGCAGCUCCUUCCCAGCAAGGUUCCCUUCAUAGUAAACACACUCUGGGAUGCCCUCCUGGACCUGGAUGACCUCACCGCCUCCACCAACAGCAUCAUGACCCUGCUGUCCCUGCUGCUCACCUACCCACAGGUCCGCCAGUGCAGCAUGCAGCAGUCUCUCACUGUCCUGGUUCCUCGCGUUUGGCCCUUCUUGCGACACACAAUAUCCUCAGUAAGAAAGGCGGCGCUGGAAACUCUGUACACACUGCUGUCCAAAGCCGACCAGACUUGUGCAGUCUGGUUAAAUCCCAUCUUGCAGGACAUGCUGCGGCACAUCUUUCAGUCCUGCAUCUUGGAGAGCCACGAGGAAAUCCUCGACCUCAUACAAAAGGUGUGGAUGGAGCUGCUGUCCCGAGCCCCGCAGCAGUUCGUGGUCGCAGCCAGCUGCCCGUGGAUGGGCGCCUGGCUGUGCCUGAUGAUGCAGGCCUCUCAUAUUCCCAUAGACCUGAACAUGCUGCUGGAGGUCAAGGCCCGCUCCAAGGAUAAGGCUGGGACCAAAGCCCGCCAGGGGUUGAGUCAAGUGAAGGAGACCGUUCAGGAGUACAUAGCUGGUGCCGAGACCGUGACGGACGACCCGGUGACGAGGGACUACGUGGUGGUCCGAGCCCGACUCAUGGCUGCCAAAUUGCUGGGGGCUCUUUGUCGGUGCAUCUGUGACCCUCAGCUCAACGCAUCAUCCCAAGAGAUCCGGCCGGCCGAGUCUCUGGGCCAGCUGCUGCUCUUCCACCUCAACUCCAAGUCGGCCCUGCAGCGCAUCGCCGUGUCGCUGGUGCUCUGCGAGUGGGCCGCCCUGCACAAUGACUGCCAGGUGGUGUCCACCAUGGUGCAGCCCCGUCUCCUGGCCAUCCUGACCGAGCAGCUGUACUACGACGAGAUCGCCAUCCCCUUCACGCGCAUGCAGAACGAGUGCAAGCAGCUCAUGGCGCUGCUCGCCGAGAACCAGGUCGACCUCCAGGACCGCCUCAACUGCAGCGUUCUCACCAUUGACCAAGCCAACGACUUGGUGACCACCAUCUUUACCGAGUCGACGGCGAGCCUGAACGUGAAGUCCAAGCAGUGGCUGGCGCUGGAGAGCAAACGGCAGCAGGCCCAGGCCACGGUGAUGGAGACCAACGCGGAGUGGCAGGAGCUGCACCUGCGCGUGCACAUGUUCACAGCCUGCGCGGUCAUCAACCAGCACGCGCUCCCCGACAAGCUCAACCCCCUGGUCAGGCCUCUGAUGGAGGCCGUCAAAAGAGAGGAGAACACCUUGAUCCAAGGCUACGCCGCCUCAUUCAUAGCCAAGCUGCUGCAGGCCUGCUCCGGCCGCUCGCCCUGCCCCAACCCCAAGAUCAUCAAAAACCUGUGCGCCUCGGCCUGCGUGGACUCUGCGGCCACGCCCUCAUCCGGCUGUCCCGUGCCCCCGACGCAAGACGAUUCCAAAGGGGGUGGGUUGGAGAAAGACGGCACGCAUCACGUGGUCAACAAAACCCGAGGCAUCAUCACCCUGUACCGUCACCAAAGGGCGGCGUUCGCCAUCACCAGCAAGAGAGGCCCCGCCCCAAAGGCCCCUAAGAACCACACGACGGAGCUCCCCCCCGGCAGCAUCGGCACCGAUAAUGACGAGAGCAAGAAGCCGUUCCUCAUUCAAAGGCGAGGCGCCGAUUUCUGCUUAACCACCAUCGCCAGGCACUUCGGCACCAACCUCACCACAAGUCUUCCGUAUCUGUGGGAGAACACGGUGGGACCCCUGAGGGCGGUGGCCACAGAAAAUCAGAGCAUCGACAGGCCGGCCCAGCUGGAGAGGGGCGACGCAGCAGCUCAGGAUUUGGUCAAUUCUCUGCAAGUGUUGGAGAUCAUGGCUGGAGCCAUGGCGGCCGAGCUCAGACCUUUGCUGUUGGAGCACCUACCUCAUCUGUUCUCCUGCCUGCAUCACCCGUACACAGCGGUGCGGCACAUGGCGGCGCGCUGUGUGGGCGUGCUCAGUAAGAUAGCCACGCUGGAGACCAUGAGCAGCUUUCUUGAGUGCGUUCUCCCCUGGUUAGCUGCCAUCGAGGACUGCACCAAGCAGGAGGGCGCCAUCGAGGCUUUGGCCUGCAUCAUGGAGCAGCUGGACGUUGACAUCGUGCCCUACAUCGUGCUGCUGGUGGUUCCGGUUCUGGGCCGCAUGAGCGACCCCAGCGACAGCAUCCGCUUCAUGGCCACCCAGUGCUUUGCCACCCUGAUCCGCCUGCUGCCCCUGGAGGCAGGCAUACCGGACCCCCCCGCCAUGUCUGCCGACCUGAUUCGUCAGAAAGCCAGGGAACGCACCUUUCUGGAGCAGCUGCUAGAUGGCAGAAAGCUGGAGAACUAUAAGAUCCCCGUGCCGAUUAAAGCUGAGCUCAGGAAGUACCAGCAGGACGGGGUGAACUGGCUGUCCUUCCUGAACAAAUACAAGCUGCACGGGAUCCUGUGUGACGACAUGGGGCUGGGCAAGACUCUGCAGUCUAUCUGCAUCCUGGCAGGAGACCACUACCUCAGGACGCAAGAGUACGCCAAGACGAAGCACGCCGACUGCAGCCCCCUGCCCUCCCUGGUGGUGUGCCCCCCCACCCUCACGGGCCACUGGGUGGACGAAGUAGGGAAGUUCUGCUCCCGGGAGUACCUGAACCCGCUGCACUACACGGGGCCUCCCACAGAGCGCAUGCGGCUGCAGCACCAGGUGAAGAAGCACAACCUCAUCGUCGCCUCUUACGACGUGGUACGAAACGACAUCGACUUUUUUAGGUGA